GAACUCUGAUUACACCAUCAAUUGAAGAUCUAUUUUCAAUUCAUUCUCAAUUAUAUUCAUCUCCUUAUGACUUCUUUCUACGGAUCUGCCAGGUCGUGUGACUGUCCUGAGUGCUCCUGGGAUCCCCUCUUUUAUUUGCCCAGCCUAAGCACAAUUCAGGACUGGUUGAUUGACAACACCGACAGGGUUUUGCUGACAAUGGAGGAGUCAAAGUCGGGUGGCAGCGGUGGAUCAUCAGGCUUCAAUCGACUGCCUUUGGUAUCUCGAUUGGUUCAGCCCUAUAGGCCCCUGUACAGAGCAAUCGCCUUGUCUGGAGCGCUAGCUGUUGGCUUGGCUGCAUACUCCUCACAUGGAUUCAAGCCGGAGAAUCAGCGUUACAAGGAGGUGUUUGCGACAGCAACUCAGUACCAUCUGUUGCACACGGUAGCCUUGCUUGCAACACCACUCACGCCUAGACCGAAGGUGUUUGCGUCUCUGAUGGGCAGCGGCAUCGUUUUAUUCAGUGGCAGUUGCUACGUUGUAGCGUUGAAUGAAAAUCGCGAGCUCGGUCGACUGGCGCCAUUGGGUGGCCUGCUGCUGAUUGCUGGCUGGUUAUCGCUGCUGCUAUGAAACUAGCAAUGCUGGAUUCGUCAUCAUGACGGCUUGCCAGGCAAAAGCUGACUCGGACGCACGUGAGAAUUGCUGCCCCGUUGUUGCGUUAUGAUGUCACUAUAAUGUCACUAUGAUGUCAUUGGCAUGGUGUGAUGAUCUGGAUGACUCAGUGCCAGAAUAUGUUAUUGUAAGUUGGCUCCUCUUCCAACAUCAGAGUAAUCAGUGUCUGUGCAGUACCUAGCUGGCGGCCGCACCUUGACAUUGCUGUUGGAAUAUCUGGCUUGAAUGCUUGGUGCGCAGCAUGCCAGGAGCUAUUCGCUCAACUCCCGCAUGCGGUAGCCACCACUUUCCCAUGCACAGUAAUAGUUGGAUUGAUGACAUGGCUAGUCGGUUCCCUGACUGCCCUGAUUGCCCGGCCUGAUUGUCCUGGUUCAGGGCCAAUAACUCUGCUGCACUCUACUAUAGCUGACUGGAAUUUUGAUUUUUCCACUUGUUUCUAUCCGUUCAGACCUGCUGUGCAUUGUUGCCAUGGCUCAUACAUCAAGUGCUUGACAAUUAUUUAUAUCAUGUUCUCCAUCAUUUCUAUGGUUAGUGCGCAUGCUGCAGGUUGCUAGGUGUCUCGCUGCUGUAGUUCAACUGAGGCAUUGUUCACAAGUGGGUUAUGCUGAUAGCGACCCGGAUGGCUUGUUGACUGUGCCCGUUCAUGCACAUAGUAUUUGUACCGUAUCGUAGCAUUUCCACACAUCCAAUUGCAGUGACAGUGUCAACAACUAACACAUGUAACUUUGAAUCCAGCUUUCUUAUCUUCGCUGGCGCUGUGCCGUGCUUGUUGGGACAAUCGCCCAAUGACCUUAUCACAGUCCUCUUCCCACACUGUUGUGUUGUAUCAUAUACUGCCUGAUUGAUCUCAUCAUAAGAGACUGUUGACCAGAUUAUUCAAGAACCGGAUUCCAAUUUUCGGCUGUUGUAUAUGA